UGCAUGGUUUCGAAUCCUCAUCAACCUAGCAAGCUACAGCAUACUCUACUAUAGCAUCAUCAUAACAAUACUCUCACUCUCAAUUCGAACUACAAACUACAGCAUGACCAUUCGAGCCCUCAACCAGAACUACCCAGCCUGGGGAUUUGCCGCCCGCGCAGAAGAGCAUACCCCGUUCUCCUUUCCUCACAACGCGGGCAACCAUCCUCAUUCCAAUCCGUGGUCAACUCCAUCCGGAGGCAACCAAGUCGGUCGCCCCGGCCACCCCUACCCAUCACCCUGGGCGCAAUUUGGAGACGAGGACGAAACCAACGAGGCCACAAAAGACACCGGCGAGGCAGCUGCUCCACGCAAGCCAUACCCCUACCCCGGUCCGGCAGAAGGUCACCCACCGUACGCCUUCCCGGGCGCCCCCGAGGGCCGCAAACCAUACCCGUUCCCAGGCUACGCGCACCAGCCACAUACCUACUCAGGCCCUGCUGAAGGUCGCAAGCCCUACCCGUCCCCCUGGGACGACGACGAGAAGCCCAAGCCGGUCCCGCGCAAGCCGUACCCAUACCCGGGACCAGCCGAGGGUCACAAGCCCUACCCCUACCCAGGGGCCCUCCCCUGGCGCCAGCCCUACCCUUCCCCAUGGGGCGACGACGACGACAACCUGGACAAAUGCAAGCCCGCCUUCCCGCGCCAGCCGUAUCAAUUCCCAGGCGGCGGGCCGCACAGGGCAGGGCCAUUCGCUCAGCAACAACCCUACAAGUUCCCGGGCCACGCCCACGGCGCUUCGUCCUUCCCUUACCAGCAGCACCCGCAGCAGCAACCAUACCCAUUCCCAGGCUCUCAACACGGUGGACCCAGCAAACGAGGAUGGAACUGCCAUAGCCCCUUCGGCGGCUUCGAAGGCCCCUACAACCCCUGGGCCUUCAACCCCAACCAAACACCCUACGCAUUCCUCGCUUCAAAGUCCGAGAAGUACCAGCCCGACGUCGACGUAUUCGAUACUCCUGAGGCGUUUGUGAUCCACGUACCUCUUCCCGGCGCAAAGAAAGAGGACAUCGAGGUCAACUGGGACCCGAAGGCAGUGGAGCUCGGCAUCACGGGAACGAUAGGUCGGCCUUGUUCGGAGGAGUUGCUCAAGACUAUUGCGCUGGACGAGCGGCGGGUUGGGGCGUUUGAGCGCAAGGUGCGCCUGGGGAGCCCGGGGAGUGCGCCUAAGGUGGAUGGCGAGGCGAUCUCGGCGAAGUUGGAGGAUGGGGUGCUUGUUGUUGAGGUGCCCAAGACGGAGCCCGAUAAUGUUGAGGUUAAGAAGGUUGAGGUUGAGUGAGUGGGGUUUGAGAUGGUUGCAGGCGUUGGCGGGAUAGCUUGGGUGGCUGGGUAGAUAGUUGAAUUAGAUUGUUAAUGUACAGUACUAUAUUUGUGUCUUGGUUGAGAUUCUUGAUAUGUAUCUUGUGGAUUGUCUUUCCUACUGAGACUAUACCUUAGAGUCAUUUUCGUCAAGUUGCUUAUGGUGACUCUGUCGUCAUCCACGCGAAGAUUCCCGGCAUUUGGGCCCACUGAAAUGUACAACCCCAACUAGAGAUAUGCUGCAUGUGCCCAUGGGGUAUAAGACUGUUAAAGCCC